AUGCAGCCUUCUUUUCAUAUAGCGAUCUACGCAAAUUUUGACGGUUUUAAGACGUUUGCUGUAAUUCUCUGGAUAUGUGCGAUUUUGAUUGGUAUUGGUUGUGUUUAUGGUUUAUUCGACUACUUAAAAGGCGAUGACCUGAGUACAGCAGCUAGUUCGAGCUACUAUAAUUGGUCUCGAAUUGGAUGGUGUGUAGCCUUAGCCUGGGUUGUUAUUGCAUGCGAGUACAAUCUGGCUGGACCAAUAAAGGUGUUUAUGGAACAAGGAUUCUGGGCACCGUUGAGUAGGCUGACCUACUGUGCUUACUUAACACACUUUAUUCUAAUCUCUGUUAUAUAUUCGUUAUCACGGCAGCCGCUGCAUUUCGUCAGUACAAUAGAAAUUUAUAUUGUCGGCGCUAUACCAGUUUUUGUGGUUAGUUAUGUCGUUUCGUUCGUUUGGAGCUGUGCAUAUGAAAUGCCCACUAUGAAACUAGAAAAAAUGUUUGUAGCUGCUGUAUUCAGUCCACCUCCACGGCAUCGGGAGGCACCAACUAAUAAAGUAACUAACGAAAAAGAUGCAGUUCCACGCCAAGCUUGGACAGGAAAUAAUGAAAAAGCGAAUAUCACAGAAAUAGCAGUCGGUAAAGAGAAGGAAAUUAAUGGUGAUCUGGAAAAAAAUCAAGUCAGGUUACGACAAUCAGCGUUGCCGGCAAGACCACUAGAAUCAGUUGAGCAACAACCUGUAAAAAUACCAAACCAUAAUUUUGGAAAUGACGAGGAUGACGAGAAUGUUAGCGCCAAACUUUAA